AACACAUUUUAUUGUGAGUCGCGGACGCUUUUAGGAGUUACACAUAAAAUGGCGGCGCACAUGAAAACGAGAUUUUUGAUAAACAAGUUCAAAGACUCGGUUUGUUUUAUCCAGCGACGGAAUCGCGUUAAAACGAAAUGGGCCAGCACUAGAGCCAAAUUCCCAGCGACUAACCUGGCUCUACAGCAUUUCGAUGCCACGUAUAAGAACUACUUUGGGGAGCUGUGGCCGUCUGUCCGUAUGGGGAUGUUGUCAGAGCAGAAGUACGGAGCCCUGAUGAACAACUUCGCCUCUAACGCAGACGUGAUCUCGACUUUACAAUCGCAAGGCUGCAGAGACUUCAUCAGAGAUGGAGAAAGAGACACUCAUAAGAUUUCAGAUGAAUCUGAACAAAAUGAUCUUCCUUCUGCAGAAACAGCUCGUAUUAGCUCACAUAUCCAGUGUUUUGUCUUUCCGAGAGGAGACAUAACUCGAUUCAAACCUGCCAGACCAGACAGCACAGGAUUGCUGAGUUAUUAUCUCCUGGACGCGGCUUCUGUCCUGCCCGUGUUGGCGCUGGACAUCCGGCCGGGUCAGACCGUUCUGGACCUCUGCGCCGGCCCGGGAGGGAAGACGCUCGCUAUCCUGCAGACACAAGCUGCCCGGUUUCUGUGGGCCAACGACUUGUCUGGGUCUCGCACGGCCCGGCUACAGAGGACGCUCCAGAGCUACGUGCCCAAAGAGCUGAGAGGCGAGGACAAGCUCCGCAUCACGUCUCUCGAUGGCCGCAAAUGGAGGAAUAUGGAAGAUCACAAAUUUGACAGAGUGCUAGUGGACGUCCCCUGUACCACAGACAGACAUUCCCUAAUGGAGGACGAGAACAACAUCUUUAAAAGGUCCAGGACUAAAGAGAGACAGACGCUUCCCUUACUGCAGAUCGAACUCCUGCUGGCGGGGCUCCAGGCGACUCGUCCGGGCGGAGAGCUGCUCUACUCCACCUGCUCUCUGUCUCAGCUGCAGAACGAGUGUGUGGUGCAGCAGGCGGUCAGUCUCGCUCAGCAGGAGAUGGACAUCACGGUGCAAGUGCAGGACCUCAGCGGCUUCACGCGCCUCUUCUCGGACACGUUCCACUUCGCCCCUCAGCCGGCGCUCGGAGAACUCGUCCUGCCGCACUUGUGCGCAAACUUCGGGCCGAUUUAUUUGUGCAAACUGCUGCGUGUCAGCUGAAGAGGCCCGGAGUCAGGUUUAUACGACUUCACGACUUCAGCUGUGUGUAAACGACUCACUGAAACACUGCCCUCUGGUGGAGAUAUUAAAAAGUGUUUUUAGUAACUAAAGACUGGUCAAAGGAAUUAUUACUAGAGGAGAAAAUCUCAGACUUCUACACGUUGCGAUACAAUUUCAAUUCAUAAGGCAGUGAUUUGAUAUUUGACUACAACACUGAAUGUGAUACGAUUCGAUUUAGGAUCCUCCGAUUGAUAUGUGACUAACUUUGUUCAGAGUCUGCGGCAGGCCUGCUGUUAAUUCACGCACGAUGAUGACGUAGAGAAGGACUUUUAACAGUAUCAGAGCUACAGUCAAGUCAGCUUGCUGUCUCAUUAAAUCAUUUCGAAAGAUUAUUUAGAUUAGAUAUCCUUUAACUUGAUAAUAAUGGAUUUUUGUUUGCUGCAUCGAUUCAUUUAAGUCGUUGCUUUUUUUAAAUCGAUGCAUCAAUCAAAUUGGCAGAUUGUUACACCGUACAGAGGCAGGAAUAAAUAUUUCCCACCCUUCAACUUUCCCACAUUUUUUAGUGUCACAACCUGGAACUGAAACAGACUUAACUGGGAUUUUUACAUCAUGAAUCUACAAAAAAAUAGACCAUAAUUUUGAAGUGGGAGCCAAAAAAUCGUUAUACUUAUUUACAAUUGAAAAAAAAUUUAAAUAAUGGAUUUAAUGUUGCUCCAAACCCUGACUCCUGCUUUCCAGAACUUUGUCCUGGACUUAUUUUGAUCGCUCCUUGGUCUUCAUGAUGCCGUGUGUUUAAGGUGUUUCUCCAGAACUCCAGAAACAGGUGUAUUAUUAUAUUAUAUUAUAUUAUAUUAUAUUAUAUUAUAUUAUAUUAUAUUAUAUUAUAUUACAUUAUAUUGUGGACUCCAUUCCACUAAUUAUUCUGACUUUGAUGGCGAUUGGUUGCACCAGAACUAUUUUUUCUUUAAAAAAAUUUUUUUUUGUAAACCAUUUUGCAGUAUUCACUAUAUUGACUUUUUCCCUCCCCUUUAGUAUUAUGGCAUAUUUUGUGUAGAUUCAUGAUGUACAGUCUAAUCCUAGAAAUGAUGUCAUUUCUGACACUAUCACAAUAUUUAAAAAAAAAAAAAAACAAUUUAAAAAAAUUUAUUUAAAAUUUUUUUUUUUU